GUUGUUGAGCCGUCGGUAAGAAACGACUCGUAUUCACAGCGCGAGAGGAGCACGAGGACACUUUGAACCACCGCUGACCGGAACUUUGUCCAACUGUGUCCCAGCUGAUGUUUGGGACCAGGCGGCAGCAGCGUCUGGAUCAAGGAUGAGGACGACACGUUUGAUCCAGUUCCUGACGAGAAAGCAGUUCGUCCCCUCGCUCGUGUCUCUGCUGAUGCUGAGCGCCCUGCUCCUGGUCAGAGUCAAGUACAAUACUGUCCUCGAGUACUCGGAUCUCUCAGGAGCUUCGGACUUGCAGACGUAUUUCAAACACAACAUUAAUUGCUCUGCUAUUUAUAACCUGGACCCAGUGGAAGUGGGUAAAUCCCUAAUUAUCAGAAGGAAAAAGAUGGUGGAGGAUAAAGACGAAACUCUGUUGCAUCUCACAGGAAACUGCUCCAUCUUCACCCGGGUCAGAGGUUAUGACGAAGUGUGCAUUUCGGAGGAAGAGAGAGACUUUCCUCUGGCUUAUUCUUUGGUUGUGCAUAAAAACGCCUGGAUGGUGGAGAGGCUCAUCAGGGCUACGUACUCCCCCAACAAUAUUUAUUGCAUUCACUAUGAUCAGAAGUCCUCUGCUCAGUUCACCUCCGCCAUGGAGGGUUUGUCCAGUUGCCUGCCCAACGUGUUCAUCGCCAGUAAGCGAGAGGCCGUCUUUUACGCAAGCAUCAGCCGAUUGAAGGCUGACCUCAACUGUCUGACCGAGCUCACGAGGUCAACAGUCAAAUGGAAGUACGUGGUGAAUCUGUGCGGCCAGGAUUUCCCCCUCAAGUCCAACAUCGAGCUGGUGUCGGAGCUGAGGAAGUUAAACGGCUCCAACAUGUUGGAGACCAGCAGACCGUCUGAGGCGAAGAGGCAGAGGUUCACGUUCCACCAUGAGCUGAAAGACAUGAGUUUCGAGUAUCAGAAGCUGCCCGUGAAAACACAGCAGGCCAAGAGCCCCCCGCCACACGGAAUAGAAAUGUUCAUCGGCAACGCAUAUUUUGUGUUGUCGCGUGAGUUCGUUGUGCAUUUGAACUCCUCGGAUGUAGUGAGGGACUUCCUGGCCUGGUCAGAGGACACCUACUCUCCAGAUGAGCACUUCUGGGCCACACUGGUGCGACUGCCCGGGGUUCCUGGUGAGGUGCCUCGAUCCCUGCCUGAUGUCACGGACCUGAUGAGUAAGACCAGGCUGGUGAAGUGGCACUACCUGGAGGAGAGCCUUUACCCUCCGUGCACCGGGGAACACAUUCGCAGCGUUUGUAUAUUUGGUGCAGCAGAAAUGCAUUGGUUACUCAACUAUGGCCACUGGUUCGCCAAUAAGUUUGAUCCCAAAGUGGAUCCUGUUCUCAUCCAGUGCCUCGAGGAGAAGCUAGAAGAAAAACGGAGGUUCUUCCAGUCAAAGACGAUUCAGAUCUGUCGUGAAGGUUAGCUAGACUGACAGACCUCUGAUGAGAACCGAGAAGUUGAAGUCAGAAUGGGACCAACGGUACAAGUUUUAAGCCCCGCCCCCUCCAUGUAAC